UCGGUCGCAGAUUCGGCGCCCGCUGCGGGGCCCGCCGCGGGGCCCUCCGAGGGAGCCGACAGCUCGCCGCUCGGCGCGCCGCAGCCCCCGCAGCAUGUCCUCGCCGCCCCGCGGCCUCGAGCCCCGAGUUCCCGAGGGCUGGGGGCGGCGGAGUUCGGCGGAGCUGCAGGAGAUGCUGAGGCGCCAGGAGAGACUUUUGCGCAACGAAAAAUUCAUUUGCAAAUUGCCCGACAAAGGUAAAAAGAUCUCAGACACCAUUGCCAAACUGAAAGCUGCCAUUGCAGAACAUGAAGAGGACAGAAGAAAAAGUGAACUGUUUUACCCUGUUAGCGUAGACUUUGAGCUAAGGCAAAAGGCAAUUGCAGGAGUUGAUGUGAAUGUAGAUAAGAUCUCAAGUUCUGACCAGAUGCUUGAUACUUCGUCACUAGUUCCUGGCUGUUCCCCUGUAGAUAAAAUCAAGUCAUCCAAAACAACUUCAGAAAAGCAGGGAUUUGUGAAUCCUACUCACAAAGACAAUGUAGAGACUCCGGAGGCUGAGUCCACAGUGAACAAGCACCCAGCUUCCAACAGCAAGGCUGGGACACUUUCCCCAACGGAGGAUGCGGAGCAUCUCCCGCAGCGUUGUGGUUCAGGUCUCACACAGGAUAUCUCCAGCGGCUUGGACAACCUGUUUCUUGACAAGUUGCAGAGGAUCGUGAUUGCAGACCAAGGUGAACACCACUCAGGAGCAAGCCCAGGUGCAGAAACCCUGACGAGCCUGUGUAAUGGGCCUCCUAAGAGGCCUCAUUACAUGGAAGUGCUAGAAAUGCGAGCCAAAAACCCAGUGCCCCCACCACAAAAGUUUAAAACCAAUGUGUUACCAUCACAGGACAGUGCCUCACCUGGUCACUGCCAGAGGGGAGAGUCUCCUGUCUCCUCUGAGGAGCGGCGAUGCAGGGACAGGCAGCAUCUUGAUGAUGUCACGGCAGCACGGCUCUUGCCGCUGCACCAUCUGCCCACACAGCUGCUGACCAUAGAAGAAUCUUUGGCACUUCAGCAACAGCAGAAACAGAAUUUUGAGGAGAUGCAAGCGAAGCUCGCAGCACAAAAAUUAGCAGAAAAGCUGAAUAUUAAAAUGCAGAGUUACAAUCCAGAAGGGGAGUCCUUGAGGAAGUACCGAGAAGUAAGGGAUGAAGAUGAUGCUCUGUCCUCUGAUGAGGAAUGAGGAAUUCUGAAGAUGGGCAUUGGGAUGAUCUCCUGAGUCUCCGAUGGUUGAGGUGUCAUUACCUAAUAUCAUCAGACUUUCUAACAAGUAUCAAGAUCAGUGUCAGACGUAGUUGAGGGAAACAUUUUAUAGUUAUACAAAGGUAGCUACAAGAAAAAGCCCAAUUUGCCUUUCAGAUGAUGAUCUUCAUGUGCUUGGAAAGUUUAAUAUUUGAAUAUUGUGUUUAACCGUAUUGUAUUAAAGUUUUGCAGUUUGUUGUGCAUUGAUCUGGUAUUUUGGUAUGUGGUAGAGUACAUUUUUCUUUUCAUUAGGCCAAAUGAAAUCAGAUGACUUUGCUUUUUUCCUUAAUCUUAUUUCUAUCAAAUAGCAUUUAUCAUAUCUCUCAAUGAAGUACACACUUGUCCUGGACAGCUAAAGUGAACUAGGAAGUCAGUUCCCUCCUUUUUUGAGCAAUGGAAGGAGCUGUCUUGAGAAGACAAUGCCAGCCUGCAUGGAAUCCUGAGCUGCUGGAGGUGAAGUAUCUAGGGGGACACUCAGGAAAACCUCAGCAGGUGUUUGUUUCCUUCCCCGUCUUACAUUAGAAAGCUGUUCCCUUCCUUCUCUUUAGGAACAAGGAAUACUUUGAGGAAUGCUGGAGGGUUGGGAGUCUUACUAGAAGGUCGGAUUUGCCUGGAGUAACUUUUGGUACAAGAAAUGUCCAAGCUGACUGAGCUAGGUGAAAGGAGGUGCAUCUCGGGCACCGGUGCUGUUUGUCCAUGUGUGGGACACAUGUAUCUGAUAAGGAAACCAGUUUGUAAAAGUUACAGUUGAGCUGUCAAUACACUGCUUUCUUUUUUCCCCCAAAAGAGUCAUAUAUAGGCCUUUAGAAACCUCAGUCUCUUAAAUAUAUAUAUAUAUAUGUUCCUGUCAUUUUAAAUGGUUGUUGUCUCCAAAGGAAUUAACACUUAUGUUAUCAAAAAAUUCAGUACUGAAAGAAAAGAAUAAAAUAUGAGAGCAACUUCAAAUGGUAAUGGUGAUAUUUUACUGGUAUCUAAAUUUUGCUCCUUUCAUUGUCUUGAAACCCACCAGCCAGACACAAACCUGUAACGUUUAAGUGUUCGAACUGUUGCUUAGUUUUCUAUGUAUAGCUGUACAUUUAUAUUUUGAAAAUGCAGUCAUACCGUAUAUUGUUUCAUAGACUAUGAAUAUUUGAAUAUUACAUUUGUCUUUAUUAAUAUUUGCAUUUUAGAUAGCAGAAUAUUUUUCAUGGGUGUAUCAUAAUUUUUAAAAUACUCUCGUGUACAAAUUGUUCAUUAUGUAAUCUCAAUAAUGAUUUGAUCAGUAUCUUAAAAGAUAAUCACAUCUACCAGGUGUGGUGGUGCAUACCUGUAAUCCCAGCACUCUGGGAGGCUAAGGCAGGAGGAUCGCAAGUUGGAGCCUAGUUUGGGCAAUUCAGUGACUUAUCGAGACCCUGUCUCAAUUUAAAAAGAGCAGAGGAAUGUAGGGAUGUAGCUCAAUGCAAACUCUGAGUUCAAUUCCUAGUAUUCCCCCUCAAAAAAAACCAAAACCCCAGAAAAAACCUUGGGUACAUCAAUUUCCAGAGACAUUUUUUAAGAAGUGAAAUUGAUAGAGAAAAGGUAUAUAAGCUUUUGAGAAUCUUGGUAUAUAUCACUCAUUUCAGAGAUUGUGUCCACUUCUGUUCCCUUUAGCAAUCUACCAAUCAUCCAGGAUGUAAAAUUACUAAGAUAUUUGCAAGUUAAUUACAGAAAAAGCUUAGUGAAGGUUUUUUUUUUUAAUGUUUAUAUUCCAUUUCAUUCUUUUGAGAAUUGCUUAUUCAUAUGUAUUUGUCCUGUUACUGUUUUGGAGAGCUUGCCCUUUUCCUUGGUUUAAAUUCUUUAUAAAUUAAGAACAUCCAUCCUUUGUUGUAUAACAUUUUAAUGUGUUAGUUGCCUUUUUGUACAGCUUACAAUAUUUCCGCAUAGUUUUCUCUAGAAGUGUACCUUUACAUGUGUGCUUGAACGUAUUUGUCUUAACCCAGGUAUGGAUAAAUACACUAGUUUUGGUUUUGGGUUUUUGUUUUCUUUUUUCCUUUUUACAGUUGUCUUUAAUUCAGUAGGAAUUUUAUUUUGUUUAUACACAUAACUCAUUUAAUCUACAUAACUGAAAUGAAAAGGAAAUUUUGAUCAAUCUCAAGUUUAUUUGGAGAUACUAUGUGAGAUGAGGAUGUACGGCUAAUCUUUGCAAAGAGUUUAUCAAUUGCUUCGGUAUUGUAAGCCACUAUUUUCCUUUGUAAUGCUAUAUUUAUAGAAUAUUAAAUUUUUGUGUCUUUUA